AUAAAUUAUGGUUAUAUCUUCUUUAAUAAUGAUAUGUAAUGAUUCCAAAAAGGACUUAUUUUGGUAAGAUGGCGCCCUCUAGUAGUUGAGCUGUCAACCUAACGCGUGUCGUCCAUGUUCCGAGUGUGGUGUGACUUAUUUUUAUUUUGUGUUAAUUUUCAAUGCCCUGUUAUAAAUGUGAAAUGCAACAGCAUGUGUCAUCCCAUAUAGUGGAACCUUGCUCCGGCUGAAUGGAUCCCGCCGUCGCGUGGUAUCAGCCCGAGCAGGAAGGACCCGCGAAGCGCCUGUGGCUUCGUAUCUGGGAAACUCAAAGUGAAAUAGACAAAAUGAAUUUGAAAAACUUAGAAAACUCUAAUCCAAAUGUGAAUAAAGCGCAAGACUUUAUACCAAUAAAUGAUGUGAAUGGUGAAAGUAGAAACAAUAAUUAUUUUAAUCCCGCGCGGAGGAAAGUGAACGAUAACCGCGCAUCGACUUUUAACCUGAACAAAAACCACGAUGCUCUCAUAGGUGAAUACGGUGGGUGUCCGUGGCGGAUACCCAAUUACAAAUACAAGCCCGGAAUAUUGGGGCUACAUGAAGAAAUCGAGCACUUCUACACAUACAUGUCGCCAACGGAGACCGAACACCUGGUUCGUUCUACGGUCGUAAACAGGAUCCGUGGCGCAAUCCUGACACUCUGGCCGCAGGCCAGGGUCGAAGUGUUCGGGAGCUUCCGUACCGGCCUCUAUCUGCCUACGAGCGACAUUGACCUGGUGGUUAUAGGUCAAUGGGAGAAGCUGCCGCUAUGGACGCUAGAGCGGGAACUGGUGACCCAGGACAUAGCAGAGAAGGAGAGCAUCAAGGUCCUCGAGAAGGCCACUGUACCCAUCGUGAAGAUGACUGACAAAUACUCGGACGUUAAGGUGGACAUAUCGUUUAACAUGAGCAGCGGAGUGAAGAGUGCAGAGCUUAUCAAGCAGUUUAAGGAGAAAUACCCAGUCCUAACGCGCCUAGUGAUGGUUCUCAAACAGUUCCUCCUCCAACGAGACCUGAACGAGGUCUUCACCGGCGGCAUAUCUUCCUACUCGCUCAUACUCAUGUGCAUCAGCUUCCUCCAGCUCCACCCACGCCCCGAAAGACUGAGACAGCAACACAAUUUGGGCGUGCUCUUAAUAGAGUUCUUCGAGCUGUACGGGAGGAAAUUUAACUAUGUGAAAACGGCUAUAAGGGUGAAGAAUGGUGGGUCGUAUGUGUCCAAAGACGAGAUACAGAAGGAUAUGAAUGACGGGCAUAGGCCUUCGUUGCUGUGUAUAGAGGAUCCGUUGACUCUGGGGAAUGAUAUUGGGAGGUCGAGUUAUGGAGCGAUACAGGUUAAACAGGCCUUCGACUACGGCUACAUAAUCCUCCAGCAAGCCGUGGCCCCACACAACGUUCUCCUAGCGCGACACAGCGCGCUCGGUCGCAUAGUACGCGUCACAGACCACGUGCUACAAUAUAGACGAUGGGUCCGAGACACGUUCGAGCCGUUCUUCUUCCCCCAUCGGGCGCCGCCAGCUGCGGUGUCUAGCGAGCCUUCGCCUCCGCCGAGCGAUAGCGAACCUGAGUGGUCAGAUAGCUCAGCGCGAGCGUCGCCGGUAGCUGGCGCGCGCACGUCUCCGCCGCCGCUGUCCGCGCUGCAAUGUUCCUCGCCUACUCCCAGACGGGUGUCAGCACACCAGAGCCUCAUCAUACAUCACAUCACCAGCAAUUCAGACUUCAACAACAUACCCUCAGGUACUACACAUACCAGAUAUACGGAGUUGCAUACAGUAGUGGGCCACACCGGUAGCGGCACGUCUCCGCUGUCCGCGCUGCAAUGUUCCUCGCCCACUCCCAGACGGGUGUCAGCACACCAGAGCCUCAUCAUACAUCACAUCACCAGCAAUUCAGACUUCAACAACAUACCCUCAGGUACUACACAUACCAGAUAUACGGAGUUGCAUACAGUAGUGGGCCACACCGGUAGCGGCACGUCUCCGCUGUCCGCGCUGCAAUGUUCCUCGCCCACUCCCAGACGGGUGUCAGCACACCAGAGCCUCAUCAUACAUCACAUCACCAGCAAUUCAGACUUCAACAACAUACCCUCAGGAGUUAUGCAACAGCGCUACUCUAACGACAGCGCUCCUAAGAACCGGAACCGCUCCUUCUCGUCCAAACAGCGGCGCUACUCCUCCCCGCCCGCGCACCCGCGCCGCGGGGGCGGGGGCGGGGGUGCGGGUGGGGGAGGGGGAGGGGGGGACGGCCGCGGCGGCAAGAAGCGCCGCCAGUUCGCGCCGCAGCCGCAGCGAUGA